GACUUACAGCGCCAUUUUGUGCUGGGCGGCAGGAUAUCGAUCGCCGCUCCGCCACCGGCGCGCAGCUGGCGGAGUGUGGUGAGGCGGCGGGCGACACCUUUUCGCAGCUGUGCUUUCUCGGCGUCUGCCGUCUCCCCCCCGCCGCAGCCCCAUACGCUCUUCCUCUGCCUCCAUGACCCGCAGUAGGAAGCAGGCGGCGCUGGAGAGAGGAGCCGCGAAGAUGAACCAAGAGGCAGGGAGCGCCGCGGCUCCGGCCGCAGGAGCGCAGGCGACGGGGGCAGCCGACGGCGGAGCGGCUCCUGCCGCCUGGAGGCUGGAAGGGGAAGCGGAGAAAGUUGUGUACUCGCGCUCUCAGAUCUCCUUCGCCGGCACCAAAGCGCUGGGCGACGCCCUCAAGAUCUUCAUGCCGAAGUCUACAGAGUUCAUGAGCUCCGACUCGGAGCUUUGGAACUUCCUCUGCAGCCUCAAACACGAGUUCUCUCCAGUUAUCCUUCGCAGCAAGGACGUUUACGGAUACGCCUCCUGUCGCGCCGUCGUACCCGAUCCCCCACCGCCCUCGGCGGAACGGCCCCGCCGCCGCACCGGCAAACGGCGUUUCCCGGCCGCCGACACCAAGCGUCGGGCCGCGGCGGUGGGUGGCAACGCCAAGCGGCGGAGGCGGCGGCGGCGCCGCAGGAGGGGUCGGGAGAGGCAGCGGCAAGUGACCGCGGCUUCAGCGGCCGGCGGCCCCCGCGGCGAGGAGGAGACGGCGGAGUUGGGGCAGCCAGGCAACGAGGCGGACAGUGAGCAGGACAGCGCGGCGGAGGGCGCCACCUGGGAGCCCUUCGGCCGCAAGUCGCUGGAGGAGAUUUGGAAGGCGGCCACCCCCCGUCUCACCACCUUCCCCACCAUCCGGGUGCGGGGCAGCGUUUGGAGCCGGCGGAGCCUGGCGGCGGUGCGGCGCCGGGCGCAGCGGAUUCUUGGCGUGGACCUGUCUCCCGUGGUGCGGCUGCGCCGCUUCCCCGUGGCGACGUCCUGAGGCCGCAGGGAGGCCUCUCUCCCCGACGCGGGAGGGGGCAAAGCUGGCGCUUUAUACCUUCGCCGUGGUGCGGAUAAAGAGACCGAUAUCAGUCGCCUGUUUACAUUGCUUUUGUCGGGAUCGCGUUCUGCAGCACUUUAUGGCUCGGUUGCUGGGGGGAGGGGGGACCGGCCCCCCAAGAUGCAUUGGGGGCAGCCUGCCGGGCCGCCGUGCAGCCGGGGUCCGGCCUCGCCCAAGACCGGGCUGCGGUGCGUCUCCUCGCCGGGGCGCCGAAGGGUGCGAAGGACCAUUAGACAGGUAUCACGCGUGGGGACCAAGUUCCACUUUUUUAUCUCCCGUUGGGCUACCUCACUGGUCCAGAUGUCCACCCAUGACGUUAAUUUCCAAAGCAACUUUCCAUGCUUGUAUAAUAAAGCACCAUCUGAUUCUUGCUAUUUUCCCCCCCCCCACCCCUUUCCCAAUGGAUUAUGUAUGCUUUGUGGUGUUGCACUAGUAUGUGCUCAGGGUAUUUUGAAUCCCAGGCAUUCCCAAGUUUCGGUUUACUCUGGUCAAGGAUGCAUAACGAAUGGAAGUUCAAGACUCGUGGCUGUUCUUGAUGGUGCAAAACUGUUUUUUAAGGAAAAAAAAAUCCAUCAGCUUAGUGAUAUAUAAAGAUGUAUUGCGCAGCAUAAUUGUUACACUUUUGUAUCUGAAGUAAUUUUUCAAGUUUUUUCUAGUUGAACUAAGUAUUUGUUUCUAUUGAGCACCUAAAUAUAGAAUCAUCCUGAUAUUUUAUAAGCCUCUUUACUUUAGGAAAGCUCAUUUGGUUAACCUAAGUGAACUUAAUAAAAGUGAAAGAACAAGUGGCUUUUUCAGUCCAGUGAAACUGCACAGGGAUGCUUUCUUUGUACCAUCUAGGCACUUGAUGUAAACAAGCUUAGCGUUUGAAUAAUGUAACUGCUCAUCUAAGCAGUGUGGAGGUAUCUGAAGGUGAGUUCUGAUUAAAUGGUAAUGUUGGCACUGACAGCCAAGAGUCAGUAGCUGGCAAGAUGCAAAUGCCAUGUUGAAGUGCUUCUGUGCAAAAAGAGCAAGACUCAGUACAUGACCACUUCAUAACAAAAUGGCACUGGUUGUCAUCCUGGGGUUAUGAGAUGAGGGAAGAUCAUAUUUACCAUAAUUACUUGCAUGUAGUUUAUAAACCUCUCCUGGGUUGUGCAGUAGACUGAUGCAAAAUUCGUGAUGUAGCUUGAUUAUUUUGGUUUAAAAUUACGACAUCAAUCUACAUGAUAGGCAGUCUCUUCAUAAACUGAUUUAUUAAGGGCUUUCUUUAGGUCUUAUGCCUUGUGGUUGGUGUGUGAAGGGCAAAGGGGUGUGUGUGUGUGUCUGUGUGAGAAUGUGAUUUAUUUAAAACUUUUAAGUCUUGGGAGGGAAAUAAAUGCUUGGUAAUAGUUCAAGCCUCUAGUAUCCUGGCAAAUGAGACUUACACCAAUUUCUGCAGUAUAAUGAAGAAUACCAUCACAACUUGUUAUGGAAUAUUUUGGUGACUUUCUGAUGGCUGUCUACUGCUUCUUGCCUGCUGUUUGCAGAGGCAAUACAAUCAUCUGAUGUGUAGAGGAUGACUGUAAAGACUUCUUAUCGCUAACCUAAAGCAGCCCAUUCUAAAGCCUGUUUUAUAUGUUAUUUAUGUUUUAUUCCUUGAAGCAAAUAUCCAUCAGACUUGAAAUUGUUUACAUAAUGUUAGGCUGCCUGCUGAUUGCUGCAGUAGUGCCACGUCACAUUUCAGAAGUAAAUUAGGAAAUGAAAGUUCAAGGGUGCAUAUUGUGCUGUUUUUCUGGCUAUAAUACUUGGCUAAAUAUAAAGCUGAAAUUGUGUUGAUUUAGGACAAGCUGCAGUGUGACCAAAUGCUGAGGCUCCAAGUUGUUGUUUUUUUUUUUUUUUUUUUGUUUAGCAGUUCAGAAUUACAAUUUAAGAGUAUCACCACUAGUUCUCAAAGUAUAUAGUUGACUUCAAGGCUCCUACUUUUAGGCUACUUUUUAAUACGAUUUUGAAAUAACCUGUAUGGAAACAUGAUAAAAUUGUCAUGUGCAGAUUCUCCACUUAACCCAUAAACAGGCACGGGGCAGUAGAUCUAAUUUUAAGGGUAGUUAAUGCAAUAGGAGGCACUCUUAAAUCUCUGGAGGCUUAUCCUGAAAUGUUCUUUGUGGAUACAAAAUAUAGUGAAGUAACUUGAA